AUGAACUAUAACUGCGAAAUACAAAACAGAAACAAUAAUGAUAGUGACAAUCAAGUCAGCUUACCCCCUAUUCAAGUUCUGUUUAAUUCGAUAGAAAAACGAAGUGUGCCCGAAUUGGCAUUCUCGAAUGCAGAAUACACGCAAGAUAUCCCACUAUCCAGUACUGAAGAGCAAACUCCUCGUGCGUCUCUGCUACUUCCACAACUUCCGGUUGCGUAUCCUACGCUCACUGCAGGCACCACUACUACAGCAACUACUAGUACUACUACGAACGAUUCGCAUUUUCCUCAUGAGAAUAUGAAGAGAUCAGAAUCGGAGUCAGAAAAUAUAAAGCGCUGCUACAAAUCCGCUCCAAUUUACGAAAUAAUUAAUAAUGAGAAGGAUGUGGAGGCACAGUCACAAAGGCCAAUCCCAGAUUUUGAGGAACCAAAAUCAAAGAAAAAACAGAAUUCAGGUAGGAGGUCUAACCUGCCAAAGGAAACGGUACAAAUACUGAACACAUGGUUGCUAAACCAUUUGAAUAACCCCUACCCAACACAACAAGAAAAGAGGGAAUUGUUAAUAAAGACAGGGCUGACUAAGAUUCAAUUGUCUAAUUGGUUUAUAAACGUAAGAAGAAGGAAAAUAUUCAGUGAUUAUUAUACCCUAGUAAACUCAAUUCCUAACGAAAAUGGAAACAAUACCCCAAUGGAACGAGUACGGAACGUCUCAGCAUAUCAUAACACGUUAUCAGCUGCAAAUAAUACGACUUAUGAUGCCACAUCAACUUGCUCCACUGACUAUGAAUUAUCCAAAAGAUUUGCACAUGCUCCUGUUACGCGGCGUAAAAAACUAAUUGAUAGGCUGGAAGAACUGAAAAAGCUAUCCAACCCUGAUAUGAAUUGA